AUGGGUUCCUCAGAUAUCAUUGAUCACUCGCCUCACCAAGCUGAUCCCUCGCCUCCAAUCCCAACCGCUUCCAACCUUAUUCUCAUUGACAACUACGAUUCUUUCACUUGGAACAUCUAUCAGUACCUUGUUCUUGCUGGUGCUACAGUUACUGUCUACCGAAAUGACAAGGUUACUGUAGAGGAAGUGAUUGCCAAGAAGCCUACCCAAAUCAUUAUCAGUCCCGGCCCCGGUCAUCCCGAGACCGACUCUGGAGUGAGCCGCGAUGUUAUCAAGCAUUUUGCUGGUAAAGUCCCAAUCUUUGGUGUCUGUAUGGGCCUCCAAUGCAUCUUCAACGUCUAUGGCGGAGAAGUCAGCUCUGCUGGCGAGUGGCUUCAUGGCAAAACUUCACCUCUAACUCACGAUUCUAAGGGCGUCUUCUCCGGUCUGAGUCAGGGCGUCCCAGUCACACGCUACCACUCUCUUGCUGGUACUCAUGUUACUUUGCCUGAGGAUCUCGAGGUCUCCUCAUGGGUCGCCAAGCCUGAUGGCUCUCCCGGUGUCAUUCAGGGUGUGCGUCAUAAGAAGUACACCAUUGAGGGUGUUCAAUUCCAUCCUGAGAGUAUUUUGACCGAAGGCGGACGGGCCAUGAUCACAAACUUCCUUCGUAUGCAAGGAGGUACCUGGGACGAAAACACCCAGUUCCAGAAGUCUGGCACUGUUGCAAGCGACGACUCAACAGCGCCCAAGUCUACGAAGACAAACAACAUUCUACAGCGAAUUUACGCAAACCGAAAGGCUGCUGUAGAUGCUCAGAAGCAGAUCCCUUCUCAGAGAUUUGAGGACUUGCAGGUUGCAUACGACCUGAAUGCCGCCCCUCCUCAAAUCCCCUUCGUUAACCGACUACGAGAGUCCCCUUUCGAUGUUGCCCUCAUGGCUGAGAUCAAGCGGGGUUCUCCUUCGAAGGGAAUCUUUGCUCUUGAAAUUUCUGCUCCUGCGCAGGCUCGAAAGUACGCAUUGGCUGGUGCAAGUGUCAUUUCCGUUCUUACCGAGCCUGAGUGGUUCAAGGGCAGCAUUGAGGAUUUGAGGGCAGUCAGGCAAGUUCUAGACGGCAUGCCUAACCGACCUGCAAUUCUCCGAAAGGAAUUCAUCUUUGAUGAGUAUCAGAUUCUCGAGGCUCGGUUGGCUGGUGCUGAUACUGUUCUUCUCAUUGUCAAGAUGCUUGACACCGAGCUUUUGCAUCAACUGUAUAACUACUCUCUCCAGCUGGGUAUGGAACCUCUUGUCGAGGUUCAGAAUGCCGAAGAGAUGACAACAGCGGUUAAGUUGGGUGCCAAGGUCAUCGGUGUCAACAACCGUAACCUGGAAAGCUUUGAGGUUGACCUCAACACAACCGGCCGCCUACGCAGCAUGGUGCCUGAAUCGACAAUCAUCUGCGCUCUUAGUGGCAUUAACACUCAUGACGAUGUUCUGAUGAACAAGAGGGACGGUGUCAAUGCUGUUCUUGUUGGCGAGGCCAUCAUGAAGGCCCCUGACGCCAGUGUUUUCAUCAGCCAGCUGUGCUCUGGAACUGAACCACCAGCCAAGUCUGACAUCGCAUCGUCUUUGUACGUCAAGAUCUGCGGCACUCGGAGUGCUGAAGCUGCGCGCCAGGCUGUUGAGUCGGGGGCAGACUUUGUGGGCAUUUGCCUUGUUCCCAGUGCCAAGCGAUGCAUCUCACAUGAAACCGCCCUUGCUAUCUCGGAAGCAGUACACACAUACCCCAGCCCCCGCAAGUACGAAACACAAGUGGCAGCAGUAGACAACAAAGCUAAGGAUUUCUUCGAGGCUGCAGCGCAAAGACUCCGCAGCCCGCGACCUCAGCUCGUUGGUAUCUUCCAAAAUCAGCCCCUGAGCGAGGUCCUCGAGAAACAGAAGCAAUACGACCUAGAUGUCGUACAACUUCAUGGUGACGAGCCUCUCGAGUGGGCAAGCCUCAUUCCUGUGCCUGUUGUCCGAUGCUUCAAGCCAGGCCAAGUUGGUAUUGGCCGUCGGGGCUACCACACAGUUCCUCUCCUUGACUCUGGCUCUGGCUCAGGCAAGCUACUCAAUGUUGCUAAUGUCCAAGCUGUUCUGGAGAGUGACCCUGAACUGCGAGUCUUCUUAGCAGGUGGCUUAAACCCUGAUAACGUUGCAGAGUCUGUCAAGGCCUUGGGUCUUCUGGCUGACCGAGUGAUCGGCGUUGAUGUGAGCAGUGGCGUAGAGGAGGACGGAAAGCAAAGUCUUGACAAGAUCACGGCAUUCAUCAAGGCUGCUAAAGAAAUACGAUAA